UAUAUUGGAAGCCCUUUUCAUUGCACAAAGAAUAAAAAACAGCUUCUUCUAUGUCCAACCCAAAUGGGAUUCUUCUUCCUUUUGUUCUCUUCUUGGUUUACACCACCUUGUUUUCACCAAAAUGUAUAGUGUCAGCUGAGGAACCAAACUUCAAGAGGCCUGAUCCUCUGCGCCACUUCCAUUACUACAAAGGAAGUUACGAUGUUAGAAGCAAGCAUUACUGGGCUUCUGCGGCAUUUACAGGAGCCUAUGGUUAUGCAAUUGGGGUAGUUUGGUUGCUGUGUGGGCUGGGAUUUGGAAUUUUCUUGAUCGUGAAGAAGCCAAGCAGUGGCUCUUGGCUAUUUAUGAAGUAUUUGGAUCAUCAUUAUUUCCUAAUGUUCUCGAUGGUCCUGCUCUUCACCGUUCUCGCCAUAGUGGCAUCCAGUUUUGUCCUCGCAGCAAAUCAUAGCACCUUAUGGAGAACAGAGAAAAUAAUAAAAACUAUUCUCAAAAUGGGACGAGAUGCCAGUCAGACCAUCCAGAAAGUAAUAACAUCACUGACUAAAAUGCAGUCCCUUUUACUCCCAUAUGAUCCAAACAUAUCGAUGAGCUUGAAUACUACCAUAGAUAGACUUGGAAGAGAAUCGCAUGUUAUCCGACGUUUUGUUGACAAGAAUGGCCAUUCAAUUGAUCGUGCAAUUCAAUCUUCGCACGUAGUUCAUCCUGUGAUUGUAACUAUCAAUUUGGUAUUGUUGGUUGCUGCAAUAGUUCUGCUCUCGUUGCAUUGGCACCCCGGAUUUAUAGCUAUAAUUUUCUGCUGCUGGAUUUUAACAACUCUCUGCUGGGUGUUAACUGGCAUCGAUUUCUUCCUUCACAAUUUUGGAAAGGACACAUGUUCAGCUUUUGUAGGUUUUGAACAGGACCCCCACAAUAGUAGUCUGAGCUCAUUACUACCAUGCAAGAGUACCUCGUUCUCACAAAAACUUUUGGUUGAAAUUGGCAACAACAUCCAAACUUUUAUAGAUCGGUUGAAUUCUAAAAUAUCAGAGUAUUACAAGAUGUUGGGAUUAGAUAGUGGAUUUAAAUUGGUCUGUCAACCUUUCUCGGGAGCACCUGACUACAGCUACCUGCCGUAUAGCUGCCCCAAAGAUGCUAUUCAAGUAGGAGACUUACCAAAAAUUCUUGCUGAGUUCACCUGUUACAAACAGAACUCGAGUAAAGAUUGUCAAAGCAAAGGAAAACUUCUUCCUGAGGCCUCUUUCAACAUGAUCUCGGCUUAUAGUUAUUCUGUCCAAUCUUUGCUAGAUGUAUAUCCAGAUGUGCAGAGCUUGGUAGAAUGCACUUUUGUGAAGGACAGAUUUUCUGAUGUUGUUUCACAUCAAUGCAAGCCAUUUAGGAAUUCAAUUCGAUUAUUAUGGUCAUCAAUGCUAUCUCUUUCCAUUUUCAUGGUGGUUUUAGUAUUAAUUUGGGUGACAAAAGCUUAUCAAGAUAGAGGAAGAAGCUUCACUAUGUGUUCCAUCGCCCCCAAUUUGUGAUAGAAGAAAAGAAGACGAAAUUCAAAUAUUCUUGUGGUAAGUCAAGAAAAAAUUCACUCCAUGGUCGUCGCAAGACGUGGAAUAAAUCAUGGUAGGAGAAUAAUAAUUAAUUAAAAUUUUUU